CUCUUAUAUAUAUGUCAGUCUGUCACUCAAACCUAACCUACAAAGUGUAAUUGUGUAAUUUGUACUGGCCACGAAAAAUAUAAUUAAGUUUCAUGUUCAAAGUAAUUGUGUUAUAUAUCUUUACUACAUUGCAAUAGGAAAUGGGUGGAAAACAUAAACAAGCACAAAGAACGAAGAACAAUGCUAGGCCCUCCAGCAGCUGUAGAAGUGCUGAGCUUUUAGGGACAACCGUACCACAAUUUGUGGGUUUUUCGGCUAUGAAAGAAUCCACAGCAAUGUCUGGAUUUUCUCUUGCCACCGAUGACAUGGAUGCCUCUAUAGAUCCAAAUUUUCAGCUAGUUUUAAAGAAGAUGAGCAAAAAGGAUGCCACCACCAAAUCAAAGGCACUUCAAGAAUUCACUGAACUUAUUAAAACAUCAGAUAUUGAAGCAGUGAUAGCUGUUUUGCCAUUUUGGCCAAGAUUGUAUUGUGUUUUGGCUACAGAUACUGACCAUAAAGUACGAGAAGGCACGCAUAUAGCUCAUCAUCAAGUCGUACUUAAAAGUAAACGAAAUUUGGCGCCAUAUUUGAAGCAGUUUGCAGGUCCAUGGUUUACAUCACAAUAUGACACAUAUGCACCUGCAGCUAGUGCUGCUACAAAAUCAUUUCAGGAUGCGUUUCCAAAAAAUAAAAUCAAGGAAGCUAUUGCGUAUUGUCAAGAGGAAAUCUUAUCUUACAUUGGUGAAAAUCUUACAAUUCAUACUUCAAGCACCUUAAGUAACCCAAAGAUCACAUCUCCCGAAGAUGCGGAGGCUAAAUACCAACGAGUUUUAAUAUCGAGUCUUCACGGAUACACCUUGUACUUGCAACAACUAUGCACAGAUGAGAUUGAGAAGCAAGAAGAAUUAAAUAUGAAAAUUAUUUCAGACAGUAAGUUUUGGAAGUUUGCCAAAAAUAAAGUACUUCCAAUUAAAUCUGCCUGGUAUUGCGUGAUAUCGUCAAUAUGUCAAAAAUCGCCCACAUUUUUGAAAAAAGAGUACGCGCAUAUUGUUGGAGCUGUUUUUUCUGAUUUAGACGAGAGCGAACCCAUAGUUGUCCAAUCCUUAUGGGAAGCAAUUCUUUCUGUUUUAUCCACAAUUGAGGAAUGGUGGCAGUAUGUUAAUAUUGACAAGCUGGUUUUUCCAAAGUUGUGGAAGUUGUUAAAAGAAGGUGGAUUUGGAAAUGCUUAUGUGAUUUUUCCUAAUUUACUACCUCUGAUUUCACAUCUGCCUCCAAGUAUUGACCAGAAUUCCACUUUUUCCUUAUUCUUCGAAAAUAUGUUUAAAGGGUAAAGUAUUACGUAUAAAAUUUAGUAAUGCACGCAAAGGAUUUGUAUUUUCAUUGUGAAUUGAAGUCACAUAUUUAAUACAAACACAGGAGCCCAUAAAUCCAAUGGAGAAAAGAUCGUAGUUCAGGUCCCAAUUUGGCCGAUACCCUUGGAUGGCGGGGAAACUAAUCCUACACAGAUUGUUAUUGUUCAUGAAAACAAGUUAUCGGUUUUUGGAGUGCGUACCUCUUUCAUAUUAUUGUCCUCAACUCAAUUGAAUAUUAUUAGGUAUUGAAUUAUUUUAACCACCUUCCUAUGUCCUGAAUUUCCUGGGACGGUCGAAGCUUGUGUAAAUUUAGCAUGUCUCAGUAUUGUCUUCGUUGGAGUGGUAAUAAUUUGGUCAGGCGAAAAUCUUGAACAAACUUAUUGGAAUACUUACACUGAUAGGUCAGACGACGUCAAAAUGUUAUAGGUCAGCAACAACAAGCACUCACCUGGCUUUUCAAUUGCCAUUAAAGAUGAAUUAAUUGGGUUUAUUCAGCAACAGACCAUGAACACGACAUCAGCUAUCACAUGGAAUGACAGAAAAGUUUUAACAUUAGGCGCUCCCCCUUGCAUGGAGUAGGCUUAAUAUUACUCCAUGUCAGCGAUUGAAAUAUAAAACAUUGUUUGCACAUCAACUUUUUUGCUUUGUUUGCACUACAUGAACAAUCUUUUAGUGUGACUUCACUUCACAGUUGCAAUACAAAUCCUUUAUAAACAAUAAUAAGUGGUAAACAUAAACCGAAGGUUUGCAUUAAGCCAACAUUUUGUUUUUGUUCAUCAUUAAUUUUAAUGUAUUUGUCUGUUUUCAAAUUGGGCAAUAAAGACAUAGUGAAAAAAAUCAAUAACCAAAUCGUGAUAAUAGUUAGCGUUGUUAGUCUUUGUAUGCUUCCUUUUUGUAGUGUGUAUUCUCUUAUAUUUUUCUACAUUUUUUUUAGUAAUCUUGUUUGUUCAGGAUGUCAAAUAAUUUUCACAGUGCCCUUUUUUAUAUACAAUUGAGGUCAAUAUAAUUUGAAAAUACCUUUAAUAAUUAUUAUCUUGUUUUCGUCCAUGAAUUUUGAAAUUUAUUAGGGCAGUGUUUUUUGCGCCUCACUUACCAAACAAUUUCAAAAUCAUCAUUUAUUCAAGAAAAACCGUUAAAAACCAAUGCAGUUAUUUUAUACGUUCACUGUCUGAAUAUUUCCGUAAAAUUAUUUUAAAAAACGUAUUAUCACCAUUUUUUGGGUAGAAUUACGACUAACUAAUGUAAAAAUAGUAGGUAUCCAAAUAUGUUCUCAAAACACAUUUUUGAAAAAAUUAUGCUACGAAUUAUUUCGUAGUUUGCAUCAGCGAUUAAAAUUCUUUUUACUGCA